UUCUCCGUGGAGGGAAAAAAGAGCCCCAAAGUAGAAGUAACACCCUCCACCACCAGAUUCUCUCUCUAUCUCAUCCCUGCAUAGCAAUUAAGUUAUCGACGCAUUUGAUCCUUUCGAUACUCGUUUUCUCUGUAGCUUAUAGGGCACAGCGCCCGCAGGCUUCAGGCGUUAGGAGCGCGGAAUCGGGGUGCUGGAGGAUUCAGAUGAGGAGAACCGAAGGUUUGGGUGGGGUUUCAGGAAACCCUAACCCCGAUGAUUGUUCGAAGGAGCUCGGUGCAGAUAAUGCUUGCUUUGAUUCUUCUCAAUAUGCAUUUUUUGGUAAGGACGCCGUGGAAGAAGUCGAAUUAGGAGGCGUAGAAGAUGAUGAAGAUGCGGCUGCACUGGUUCGUGACCUUGGGAUUGAUGAUGAAGAGUUCAAUUUUUCAUUUUUUGGUGGUAGAGGAGAGGGUGAAAUUUUGGGGUCGUUAUCUGAAAUUGACGACCUUACAACCACUUUUGCGAAGAUAAACAGAACUAUUAGUGAACCAAGGAAUGCAGGAGUUAUUGGUGAUAGAGGAGGGUCAUUUUCAAGAGAAAGUUCUUCAACUGUGGACUGGACACAGGAACCAGACUUUUCAAACUGGUUGGAUCAGCAAAUAUUACAUGCUGAAAGUGUUCAAGAAGGCAAGAGAUGGUGGUCACAGCCACACUCAUCUCCAGCACGGCAUUCUGAAUCAAGGUCAUUGUACAGAACAUCAUCUUACCCGGAGCAACCCCUGCAGGAACAGCAUACGAGUGCUCCUAUCCUACCCAAGUCGUCCUACACAUCUUCUUUGUACAGAGCAUCCUCAUACCCGGAGCAACCACUGGAGCAGCACCAUAUGAGUGGCCCUAUUCUUGUACCCAAGUCAUCUUACAAAUCCUACCAUCUUCCUGGUGGUCAAUCACAAGCUUUACCACAUCAACCAGAUAUAACAUCUCUUAUUACAGGAACUCGGCUGCCUUUGUCAGCACCUAAUCUCUCACCCUUUUCUGCUUCUCAGCUUCAUAUGUCAGGACUGCUUCGUGGUUUGCCAUACGCCGGAAACAUUGCCCAGUUUACUCCAGCUCUUCCAGCUAAUAACAGGCCACAGAGUCAAUGGAUGAAUGAUCCUUCCCUUUUCGCCGGAGAAAGCCACAGUCCCCUACUGGGUUUGUUGCAACAACAGUUGCCUAAUCCAAAUGGUUUGAUGACUACGCAACUUUUUCCACAUCAGCACCAGCAGCGGCUACAUAUCAAACCAUCUCUACCCUCUUUUUCACAGUUGCAGGCUCAGCAUUUUAGUCACCUACCGUCCUCUUAUAUGACAAACAAUUUUGAUGCAAUUCCUGGCAUUUCAAUGCCAGAGUUCAGAGACCAUAGGCCAAGAACUUCACAUAAAGGAAGACAAAUCAUGCGAUGUUCUCAACAGUCUGCUGACACUGGAAGUUUGAAGAGUGACAGCGGGUCAUUGCAGUUUAAAUCAAAAUAUAUGUCUUCGGAAGAAAUAGAAAGCAUUUUGAGGAUGCAGCAUGCUGCUACGCAUAGCCAUGACCCUUACAUAGAUGACUACUACCACCAAGCCUGUUUGGCAAAGAAAACUUCUGGUUCGAGGUUGAAGCACCAGUUCUGUCCAUCAUUCAUCAGAGAUGUACAUUCUCGCACCCGUUCUAGUAGUGAGAAACCUGCGUAUCUUCAAGUUGAUGCACUUGGCAGGAUUUCAUUUUCUUCCAUCCGUAGGCCUCGCCCUCUACUUGAAGUUGACCCACCAUCUGUUCUGGGUGAUGGAAGCGUUGAACAGAAAUCUUCUGUGAAGCCUCUUGAGCAAGAAACUAUGUUGGCUGCAAGAAUCACCAUUGAGGAUGGUCUUUGUCUUCUCCUCGAUGUGGAUGACAUUGACCGGCUUUUAAAGUUCGGCCAAGCUCAAGAUGGUGGCUCUCAACUCAAGAGGAGGCGACAGGUACUUCUGGAAGGUCUUGCAGCCUCCCUUCAACUUGCUGACCCUCUUGGCCCUGGUAAAGCUGGCCACUCAGUAGGGCUCAGUCCAAAGGAUGAUCUUGUGUUCCUGAGACUCGUCUCCCUUCCCAAAGGCCGGAAGCUGAUCUCACGCUACCUCCAGCUUCUUUAUCCUGGAGGUGAGCUUACUCGGAUAGUCUGCAUGGCGAUCUUCCGCCAUCUGAGGUUUUUAUUUGGAGGCUUGCCCACGGAUGCAAGCGCGGCAGAAACCAACAUAAAUCUUGCUCGGACUGUUUCCUCUUGUGUUUAUGGCAUGGAUCUCAGUGCACUGAGUGCUUGCCUUGCCGCUGUAGUUUGUUCAUCGGAGCAGCCACCCCUUCGACCACUUGGAAGUACCGCUGGUGAUGGUGCCUCUAUCAUCAUAAAAUCUGUCCUUGAGAGAGCAACUGACCUAUUGACUGAUCCGCUUGCUGCCAAUAAAUACAGCAUACCCAGUAGAGCUCUGUGGCAGGCAUCUUUUGAUGCAUUUUUUACUCUUCUGGCAAAUUACUGCCUCAGUAAAUAUGACAGUAUAAUUCAGUCUUUGCUUCUUCAGGUGCCUGGUGCUAACCUUGUGGGUUCUGAGGUCAACAGGGCUGUUAACAAGGAAAUGCCCGUGGAGCUACUACGUUCCAGCCUUCCCCACACAAAUGAUCUUCAACGUAAACAGUUACUUGAUUUUGCUCAGAAAUCUAUGCCUGUUAUUGGAUAUAGCACUCAUGCAGGUAACAGCGGACCAAUGCCUUCUGCGUCAGUGCCCGGUUAAAAUCUCCAUUUUAAGUGGCCGAAUAAUGCAUCUCCAUAAUCAAUCAUGCAAGGACCCCCCCUGGGCUAGUUUAUAUAUGAAUGCAAAGCCUUUAUCACCAUCAUUAUCCGCGUCAUCAUCGUUGUCAUUCGAAGGAGGCUAGCUUUUGUUGAAGUUUAGGCGAAAUUGUUCGUUCUUUAACGAGCAGAUAUCAGUUUCACCUUGUCUCUUUUCUGAAUUUGGUCUCGUCUAACAUGUAAGCUUUAGAAACUGUGGGGAGUUACCGGGAGGUUUCUUCUUCCGGGGAGCUUUAUUUUGUUCGCUCUGCAUGGGAACUCCAGUAAAUUUAUUAGUGUCCUGAACUAUACAGGUUUGAUCCUGGAGACCGAUCGUUUCUGCAGUUUUAAGACUUGAAACUGUCAAAAAAGGUACUUUUAUGCGUGGACUUGCUGGUGUAAUUAUUCUAUUAGAAUCUUUAUUUAGAGGCUUCAUUACUUUUGCAUGAGA